AUGAGCGCCGUAGAGGAGAGAACUGCCGAGAAGAGGCCUUUGAACGAUAAGGAGGACAGUAACGAGGUCGCCGCCAAGGAGCCACGAAUUGAGAAUGGCAAGACGGAGGACGAGGUGCAAGUGAUAAAAGAGAAGUCAGUCAAAGACAUAGAGACAGUUGAUGGAGAUGAUGAAGAUGACGAUGAAGACGUCGACGAUGAGGAGGUGCACGACGAAUCAUCAGAAGGCGAAGGUGAUGGAUCAGAAGGCGAAGGCGAUGACGAUGAGGGUGACUCAGGCGAAGAGGAAGAUGGUGACGACGCCGAAGGCGGCGAGGAGAGUGAUUGA